AUGAAUGAACGAACCGGAUAUGUUAAAAUUGAUGAAUGCAAAUGUGGCCAGUUGAUUGAUGUACUGCUGAUGUACAUGGAAUUACUUCGAUACGCUACUCGUGGACGAUAUGAGCAAAACGACGCUGCGAUGAAACCGAACGCUUGGUUCGGCUUCGCAUACGCACCUUUGGCUUGUCUUCGUCGUUGUCAUCCGCUUCUGAGGGCAUUUCAAAUUUCACCUUUUUUGGUGUUCCCAUUGUUUGAGGCUCAGUUCGAUUGA